GCAGGGGAAAACGAGUAAUGGGUAUUGGCUUUUUGUGUAUUGGUGGUAGAACAUCCAGGGGGGUAUAUAUGCCACACGGUACAGGGAGACGAUAAACACUCCAACAUUUGGAAUUACAGACGAUACAACAUGAGAACGUCGGUGAUUAUUGUGUUCGGCCUGGUAGUGGCGGUAUGUGCAGCAGCGGAUGAGCCGAUAGCCAUUGUCAGUCAGACUCAGGACGGUCCGAAUCCCGACGGAUCCUACAAAUUCGCAUUCGAAACGGCCAACGGAAUAAAAGGGGAGGAAUCGGGCUCGGUGACAGGUGAGGGUGAGAAUGCCGCGCUCCAGGUACAGGGAUCAUCAUCCUACAAAUCAUCGGAUGGACAGGACAUAUCGUUGACCUAUACCGCUAACGAGGAGGGAUUCAAGCCAGAGGGGGCGCAUUUACCCACCCCCCCACCGAUACCGGACCUCAUCAAAAAGGCACUCGAGUGGAUCGAGGCACAUCCCUCCAAAGAGAAUCAGUAAUUGGAGAAAAUUACUCGCAUGGAAAAUGGACACAGCAUCAAGAUGACUGUUGGGUACACCUUCUGGAGGCGAUACGCAAGGGCUAUUUCUCUGGUGUGAUUUUCUUCAAUUUUUUUGGACUCUCACGUCUCGUUGAUUAUUGAUUUUGUUGUUACCUGUCCCACCUAUAUAUUUAUUGUUAUUGUUGUGUUGUUGACGUCGUGAUUAAGGCGUCGAGCAUGAAAAAUGUUGUAUUUUAAAAAAUGAAAAAAAUAUACAAAUGUGCAAUUA